AUGUACAAGAAGCUAGACUCAGUAUAUAGUGGGCCGUUUUGCGAUGUCUAUAGAGGCGAGAGCGAGACGGGAGCAGCCGUGGCUCUCAAAGUGGUCGAUCUUGACUUCAUCAGGAAGCCCCACGAUUUCAGGAAUGAGAUCAAGAUCAUCAAAAGUUUACACCACCGAAACAUCGCUCAGUUUCUUGAUACUUAUGCUUUGGGCGAGGAUCAUUAUCUAGUGAUGCCCUUUUACGAGAAAACUCUAGCAGACGUCAUGAAGCACUUCACUAAGAAGCGGAUGAAGUUCAAUCUUGAGAAUCCCUUGAAUACGGAAGUGGCUUCCACAAGUGUUUUUCCGCUCGAUUCCGCUAAUGCUAUUGUGUGGGGUCUAGCUGACGCAGUCCAAUACGUGCACCAGCAGGGAAUCAUUCAUCGUGACAUUAAGCCGUCGAAUGUAUUUUUUAGGAGCCUUGAAGAUUUAGAAAAUCCCAUUCUCGGUGACUUUGGCAUUUCAUACAAUGUCAUGAGCCCUUCUUUGGAGGAACCCCUCGACCAAAAAUUUACGGAUAUCGCAACGGGGUAUUACAAAGCGCCAGAACUAUGUUUCGCGGUGUGUGACUACGGGAGCGAGGUUGAUCUUUGGUCAUUGGGAAUUUUGAUCUCAUGCUUGUAUUCCCGUGAUGGCGAGCCGGCGAAUAGAGUAGCUCAGCAAAAUGACAACGAGCGGGCCCCUGAACUCAAUGAUUUCGUGCUACUUCAGGGAACUUUCGAGGCUUUUGGGACACCUACAGUGGCUGACAAGAAUAGCGAAUUGUACUGGCCGGCACUUGCCGAUCCAUGGUACCAUUUUGUGGACUUCAACUUUACAAAAUAUGAUCGAAAACCGACCAGAGAGCUUUUGCCGAGAUGUGAAAAUGCGCGUAUCACUCAAUUAUUCGAAGGUCUUACGCGGUAUGAUAAGCGAGAAAUCAUUAGCUUGGAUUCUGAUCGGGGGAACCGAGCCGAGUAG